CAAGAAUGUUCCAUUCAUGCACAAGUUCUCUGCAGGUCCCUAGAAGACGGGCCGUGGCACCAAUUGCUUGCUCCAUUUCCGUCAAGACGCCUCAAACAGUGCUACCUAGUUUCUCAACGCAGCACCCACAAUGAGAGUUGCAAGCUUUCUGACGGCGGCGAUUGCCAUUGCAACCGCCCAAGGAUGUGCCACUUCGUCUAGCUGCAAAUGCUUCCCGGGCGAUAGCUGCUGGCCUUCGGACAAUGAGUGGAGGAGCCUCAACUCGUCCGUCAAUGGCCGGCUCAUCAAGACGGUGCCGCUGGGAUCUCCUUGCCAUGACCCCACGUACGAUGCUGAGGAGUGCAAGUAUCUCCAGAGUCAAUGGCAAUCGCCUGAGAUUCAUAUGGACUCUUCUUCCUCUGUCAUGGCCCCUUGGUUCGCCAACCAAAGCUGCGACCCCUUUCAACCUCGCUCCCGCGCCUGCGAACUCGGCAACUACGUUCGCUACGCCGUCGAGGCCCGCACCAAGGCCGACAUCGUCAACGCCAUCAACUUUGCCCGCAACAACAACAUCCGUUUUGUCAUCCGUAACACGGGUCAUGACUACAACGGCCGCUCCACCGGUGCCGGUGCCCUCUCUGUCUGGACGCAUCGCUUGAAGGACAUCGAGUUCAUCGAUUACAACGCGAACGGCUACACGGGCAGGGCUGUCACUCUCGGCGCCGGUGUUCAGGGCUUUGAUAUCCUCAGCGCGGGCCACAAUGCGGGAUACGUCGUCGUCGGAGGCGAGUGUCCCACCGUUGGCAUCACGGGCGGAUACACCCAAGGUGGUGGUCACUCUGCCCUCAGCUCGAGUUUCGGCCUCUCGGCGCAGAACACGCUCGAAUUCGAAGUCAUCACCGCCGAUUCAGGCGUCGUCACCGCCUCGCCUACCAAGAACUCGGAUCUCUUCUGGGCUCUCAACGGUGGUGGUGGCGGUAACUGGGGCGUCGUUCUCUCUAUGACUGUCAAGGCCUUCCCCGACGCCAACGUGGGCGGUGCAACCCUGGCCUUCUUCACUACCAACAACGACCAGGCAACCUUUUACGAGGGCAUCGGAUCUUUUCACUCCAAGCUCCCCGCAAUGGUCGACGCUGGUUCCAUGGUCGUCUACUACUUUACCAACACCUUCUUCCAAAUUGCUCCCUUGACCGCCUACAACAAGACUAAGGAGGAAGUUCAGACUAUUCUUGCGCCUUUUGUCAAGUCUCUGAAUGACUUGGGCAUCAACUAUACAGUCACCUACAGCCAGACGGACUCGUACUACGACCACUACGACACAUUCUUCGGCCCCCUGCCCGUCGGUAACAUCCAAGUCGGCAUCGCCCAGUACGGCGGCCGUCUCAUUCCCCGCGAUACCAUCGUCAACAACAAUGCUGCGCUCACCGAGACCGCCAAGAGCAUCGUCGAGCAGGGAGUCACCUGGAUCGGCGUCGGCACAAACGUUUCCCCCUUUAGCAACUCCAAGACCCAAUCUGUGCUGCCAGCCUGGAACAAAGCCCUCGUCCACGCCACUCUGACGACACCCUGGAACUUUACCGCCCCUUGGUCCGAGAUGCUCGAUCUUCAGAACCUCAUGAGUGAGAAGAUUAUGCCUGAGAUUGAAGCCGUUACCCCUGGAAGUGGAGCUUAUAUGAAUGAGGCUGAUUUCCGUCAGCCUAGGUUUCAGUCCGAGUUCUUUGGCAGCAAUUAUGACCAACUGCUCACUAUCAAGAAGAAGUGGGACAACCGCGGCUUUUUCUACGCUCGCAACGCCGUCGGCAGUGAGCAGUGGUCCGUUGCUGAUAAUGGCAGGAUGUGCAAGGCCAAAUAG